AUGGACGGUGUGCUCAAGAAACGAAGACCCGAGAGGAUAUCCAGAGCGUGUGAAAACUGCCGCAAACGGAAAAUCAAGUGUUCUGGUGGACCGGUGUGCCGUGAAUGUUCCAAGUACCUGGAACCAUGUAUUUUCCGGAAGCACUAUCGAGAGUUCAGGAAGGUUGCAAAGGCAGAAACCCCAACGUAUGUUGUUUCUAAUGGCAUUUGCCCUCAAGAUUAUACUAAUCUUAGUCUGGAUAUCAAUAAACAUAUCCAAGUCCCCGACUACUUGUCGGUGGGUCUCAGUAGUGGGAAUGCCUCCAAUGAGUACUUUGGUCCUGCUAGCAAUUUCUCUUUUGUAAGCCAGCUAAAUCACUUCCUACGAGAGCUCGAAAAGUCAGACAACAAUGAUCAUGACGACAAAUUGUCUUUCGACAGGUUCAACAUGAAACCCACAGUUCUAGAAGAGUCUUCUUCAAAUAAUUUCACCUUGGCUAGCAUUACUUCUGAGAAGAUGCAUUCAUACUUGGUGGCGUACCUUGAGACAUGGACGGUUCCAUGCCCUAUUUUUAAAGCGGAGGAGCUAUUUCAGUUAUCAUCACAGACAUGGAAAAAUGCCCAUGCCCCUGAUAUAGACACUGCGCUACUCUAUGUAGUUCUAUCGAUGGGAGCAUCGGCAGCCUAUUUUGAUCAAGGGGGCAGUCUUUCUGCGUUUCCAGAGAGCCGGGGUUUCUUUGAUUUAGCUGUUCAGACCGUGCCUUCCAUUUUCUCUCAGAUCACUUUCGAUGCUGUAAGAGUACUCUUCCUCAUGAGCAUCAGCGCUAGCAACCUUGGAGACACUGCUCUUUCAUACAUAUAUUCCGGAGCUGCCGUUAGAACGCUGAUUGCCAUAGGUCUCCAUAAAAACAAUCCUGUGAGCAGCACCUUUGACAUGCAUCACCAAAGACGAGUGUGGACAUCGACGUGGCAAUGGGAGAAGUACUGGAGCUUCUGUGUUGGUCGUCCAAGUUGUACCAGAGAUGAUAUGCCAAUCCCAUUGGUCGUCACCGAGUCAUUUACAUGUGAUGGCUAUGGCGAACAUGGUCGAUUCAAGAUGAACGAAGAACACAUGCGUCUCCGAGUGUUCUUCGGAGCUACAUGCUCCAAGAUUCAUUCGGAGUUGUACAAUUCUAAGAAAGAUCUUUUAACUAUACUCAGUACUGUUGAGAAGUUGUCGAACGACAUAGACAACGCAUACUUUGCAAGCAAGGUUCCACUUCUAGUACAAGCCGAAGUAGAUGAAAGAGCCAAAGACCUCGACAUCAUCGCAGUCCGCGAGUGGUUUUGGAUCCGCAUUUACUACUUAUACUUGAAACUCAUGAUUUUCCGACCAUUCUUGAUUUUCCAUGCUUAUUUGAAGAACACGAGCGCAGACGUCCCAGUUACCAUUCGUGAGAGACUCAAAGUGGGAAGAGAUAUCUGUGUCAACGUGGCCAUUGAGCUUUCUACAUUCAUUAUUAAGUUGAAUACCCAAGUCCGGAUGAUUCAACCAAUUUUGUUUAUCUGCACGUACCUUGAGAGCACGUCUACCGUUCUAUUGUUCUACAUAGUGAGCAGUCUAGCAAAUAUUCCAGGAGAUUUAGCCCGCAAGAUAUGGGAUGUUCUCCAGGAUACGCGGCGGUUUCUCAAUGGUUCUUCUGGGCCAUAUCUUGCCAGCACACAGCUAUUUGCCCAUGAUGGGUUGAAAUCCUUAUACGAUGUUCUCAUGAAGAAGGAAAAUUCACAGAACAAGACAUACUUUGACAAGUUUAUGCAACCCGUUAUGAUCGCGACUCCUGUGAUGGAGCCCAGUGAGAGCGGCCAAAAAAUUGAAUGUGAUAAUAAUGACGGUGAUGUGCUCGAUACCUUAGACACUGCCGGAUUAGAAGACUUCUGGAAACAAACGUUGGAUUGGAUCACCUAUGCUUGA